AUCUACCCUCUCUCAGCUCUCAUGGCUCCAGUUCUGUUCCUGUUGUUAUUUCUCUCUGGAGCAGCUUCUGACCUGAUUGAGGUAACAGUGAAUCCUGGAGAUGAUGUCAUUCUGCCAUGUCAGGCUGAUGAUUCCUCCAUCAGAGCUGUAAAGUGGAGCAGACCUGACCUGGAGCCAGAUAUCGUCCUUUAUUGCAGCGACGGACACCUGGAUCCAACUUGCCAGCAUCCAUCCUUUAAGGACAGGGUGGAGCUGGUGGACAGAGAUCUGAAGGACGGAGACGUGUCUUUAACUCUGAAGAAUGUGAGCAGCAUCGACAACGGGACAUACGAGUGUGGAGUUGCAUCAGGUAGUUCAAGACGUAAAAAGAGAUCUUGUGACCCAAUCAGCACCAUCAGACUCAUCAGAACCGUCUAUCUGCAGGUUCCAGAUCCAGAGCUCGUGGUAGCAGUGCGCCCUGGACAGGAUGUGACUCUGCAAUGUCAGGCUACAAAGUCCAACAUCAUAGCUGUAGAGUGGACCAGACCUGACCUGGAGCACCCAGAGUACGUCCUCUAUUACAGCGAUGGACACUUGGAUCCAACCCACCAGCAUCCAUCCUUUAAGGACAGGGUGGAGCUGGUGGACAGAGAUCUGAAGGACGGAGACGUGUCUUUAAUUCUGAAGAAUGUGAACAGACACGACGCUGGAACAUAUGAGUGUCGAGUUGCACCAGCUGGUUCCAGACGUAAAAAGAGAUCCGUCAUCGACUCUGAGCCAAUCAGAAUCAUCCGUCUGCAGGUUCCAGAUUCAGCAGGAUCAAACAGUGGACACUCCAAGGAUGGAAACUCCUCUCAUGUAGGCCUCCUCCUUGGACUGGCAGCAGGUGUUCUGGUUGUUCUGGUUCUUGUAGCUGCUGCAGUGGGUGGUGUCCUGAUAUAUAGAAGACAUAAGAACAAGACAUCAGGACCUCCUGCUGCUGAUGAUGAUGAAGCGUCAGCCGAUAAGUUCAUCUGACAACUCACAACAAAGCUUCUGAUGCAUUAUGAAUAUUGUUGAUAUUUGUAAGGGUUAACGCCCGACGGUGAGGUUUCCUCCGCCGAAGACCAUUAAUACCUGACAAUGGACACCUCGAAGGGCAUUGACCCGCUUAUACCAUGGU